CUGCAGCUUUGAGUAGACUACGACCUCCAGACCGGCGCAACAACACCCAAAUUUUCAACACAACUCAAAUGACCAGCCAAGGGCAGUGAUUGUCCUUCGCUCAUCGUUUCAAAAUAGGCUCCUCUUCAAAGAUUUGUCACCAUGGUUCCUCACAAGACAGAACUAUCGGCCAUAGUUUCUAAAUUAGACACUGAAGCAUUUAGUACUCUGGUUGGUGUGUGUAUCGAAGGUCUCUGCGGUCGUCUCGAGACUUACCCUGACAGCAAUUUAUCUGAUGAAGAAAUCAAGGCACUAUCUAAUGCAGUGAAAUCAGCUACAGAGACGAUUUUGAAAUUGAAUCUAAACCGACACCAGCCGUUACCUGAUGAAUGGACCAAUGUGGAUCUGAAGUUUACAGAAUUACUUCACCAGUGUUUAGAGGAGCGACGGGAAGAUGCAAAAUUGAUUAGGAAGAAAAUCAUUUUGAAUAGAGUCAGUCCAAAUUUAAAGGAUUACAAUUGGGAUGUAAAGUGGGUGCUUGGGAGCAGCAAUCUGUCCUCUUUAGAACAACCCCUAGCUUCUGUUAAUUUCAUUCUACCUGGCGGAACGUCACAUCUCAUUGAAAUGACUGAAAGUGAACUUGAUAAAUUGAUACAAAGUUUAGAAAGUAAGUGAUUAAUAUGUGCAACUUAAUACGCCUGAAUAUCUAUAUUACCUAUGCAUUUAAAAUUAAAACUCGCUUAUACUUAA